AAUUGACGACGGCUUCACUGAAUCAGCUGCAAUGGAGCAUGCAAGUCGUGAAAGCGGGGACGCGGGCAGUCCUGUGGCUUCACCUGCGGCUCCAGCUCCGGCUCAACGCGAGGCUGCGACUGCGGCUCUCCUGGCCGCCUUGAAUCCACCGGGCACUGCCGAGAAUGUGUGGGAUGGCAUCGAGUACAGCAGCGAUGCUCGGAAACCGGAGCAUCACAACUUGAAAUUCAGGAUUCCUUCGGACUCUACCGUCCCGAGCAGCAUCGACGGCGUGGAGUUCGAGCUUUGGCCUUAUCACUGCGACACGUGCGGCUUCCACUUCGACGUUCAGUGCCGCACCAAGAAGGCAGCACACGAGCACUGGCCCAACGCUGGCAUUUAG